AUGGUGCUAUUUAUCACUUCCAUGUUAGCGCUGCUGGUGCAGGUGGUGUGCAAAUCUCUGACUGUUCAAUGCCCCAGCAGUUAUCCGCUUCCUAUUAUACACAAAUAUUACCAGUCAGGAGACCUUCUCAUUGCUGGGAUUGUUUCUCAUGCAUUUAAGUUUUCCAAUACUGUCAAUUUUGAAGUGUGUCCCUCUCUCAAUUCCUCUGAUUCACUCUUAAUAUUGACUCAGCUUUACCAGAACAUCCUGGCUUUGGUGUUUGCUGUAAAGGAGGUCAAUGAAAACCCUCAGCUCUUACCCAACAUCACUCUGGGUAUCCACACCUAUAAUAACUAUUUUAGCCCAAGCUUGACCUAUCACGCUGCAAUGGAACUUCUCUCCACGAAGGGGAGGUUCAUUCCUAACUACAAGUGUGACCACCAGAACAACUUAGUGGCAGUUUUGGGGGGACCAAACUCUGAUUUCUUUUUCUACAUGGCAGAAAUUCUGGGCAUCUUCAAGAUUCCACAGUUUCUUUAUGGCUCUGCUCCAGUGAUGACUAACAGAAAUGAAGCAGCUUUCCUCUACAAGAUGUUCCCCAGUUGGGACAGUCAAUACAUAGGGAUCAUGAAAUUAUUGCUUUAUUUCAGGUGGAUAUGGGUUGGGCUGAUCUAUGUGAGUGAUGAACAUGGGGAGCGAUUUGUACAGGAGGUGCUUCCUAACUUUUCUGAGCAUGGAGUCUGCUUUGAGUUCAUAGCAAAGUUCCCAGUACUUUCUUUUUUUAGUUCUUUUUCUGAAAAGGUAGUAGGAAACAAUGACUUAUCGACGCUUGUCAUGGGAAGCACAGCCAACGUGGUGGUCAUGCAUGGUGAAAUUCAAACUGUAAUAGUUUUGCAAUUUUUGGUGAAGGCAGCAGAAUUUAAAGAGAUACCCAUGAGGACAAAAGCUAAAGUCUGGAUUCUGCCUGCCCAGAUGGAUUUCACAUCAACUGAAAUUCAACGAAGUUGGGAUAUAGACUUUAUGUAUGGUGCUUUAUCCUUUGCUGUUCACUCAAGAAAGGUUUUAGGAUUUGUUAAGUUUCUUCAGGCAAGGGAUCCUGCUUCUGAAAAAGAAGAUGGCUUUGUUGGGGAUUUCUGGAAACAGACUUUUGGCUGUUCACUCUCUGGUACUACAGAAGCCAUGACCGAUGAAGAAAUCUGCACUGGGGAGGAGAAGCUGGAGAAUCUUCCUGGGUCUGUCUUUGAAAUGAGCAUGACCGGCCACAGCUACAGGAUCUACACUGCUGUCUACGUGGUGGCACAUGCAUUACAUGCCAUGUACUCAUCCAUGCUCAAACACAGAGCGCUGGCUGAUGGAGGGAGAAAAAGAUUUCUGAAUCAACACCCGUGGCAGUUCCAUAAAUUUUUGAAAAGGGUCUCAUUCAACAACAGUGCUGGGGACUUGGUUUCCUUUGAUCAAGAUGCGGAGAUAGUGGCUGGACUUGAUAUCAUCAACUGGGUCACCUUUGCCAACCAGUCCUUUCUUAGAACCAAAGUUGGAAGGAUGGACCCAAAAUCUCCAGAAGAUACAAUGAUCACCAUUCAUGAAGAUGGAAUCAUUUGGCCCCACAUGUUUAACCAGGUUCAGCCUCUUUCUCUGUGCAAUGACAGAUGCCAUUCAGGCCACAGUAAGAAAAAGAAGGAAGGGCAGCCAUUUUGCUGCUAUGAUUGCCUUCCAUGUCCAGAAGGGCAGAUCUCAUACCUGGAGGAUACCAAUGAUUGUUUUCAGUGCCCAGAAGAUAAAUAUCCAAAUGCCAUUCAGGAUUUAUGCCUCCAAAAACAUAUAAUUUUCUUGUCUUAUGACGAACCUUUGGGGAUCACUUUGAUCAGUUUUGCACUUUCCUUCUCUUUUAUGGCAGCUCUUGUGCUUGGUAUCUUCAUUAAGAACCAGGACACUCCCAUAGUCAAAGCCAACAACCGGAAUCUCUCCUAUAUUCUCCUUGUUUCCCUCCUGCUCUCCUUCCAUUGCACUUUGUUUUUCAUUGGCCGACCUGAGAAGCUCUCGUGUCUCCUUCAACAAACUACAUUUGGCAUUAUCUUCUCAGUGGCUGUUUCUUGUGUGCUGGCUAAGACCAUCAUUGUGGUUCUAGCCUUCAUGUCCACCAAGCCAGGGUCCAGGAUGAGAAACUGGAUGGGGAAACGAUUGGUCAACUCCAUUGUUCUUUCUUGCUCUUUGAUUCAAACAACUAUUUGUACAGCUUGGUUAAUAACUUCUCCUCCAUUCCCAGAUUUUGACAUGCACUCAGUGACUGAAGAAAUUAUUAUGAAAUGUAACGAAGGGUCGGUUGCCAUGUUUUAUUGUGUCUUGGGCUACAUGGGCUUCCUGGCCACUGUCAGCUUCACGGUAGCUUUCUUAGGCAGGAAGUUGCCUGAUAGUUUUAAUGAAGCCAAGUUCAUCACCUUCAGCAUGCUGGUCUUUUGCAGUGUUUGGCUGACCUUUGUUCCAACCUAUUCCAGUACAAAAGGAAAAUACAUGGUGGCUGUGGAGGUCUUCUCUAUCUUAGCCUCCAGUGCUGGGUUGCUGGGUUGCAUAUUUUUCCCUAAAUGUUAUAUUAUAGUUUUGAGGCCUGAGCUGAACAGGGUUCAAAUUAUCAGAAGACCAAAGGAAAGAAUAUAA